AUGGGCGCCGUAGCGCAUCGUGUCUCGCUCGCCGAGGCGCUCUACGUGGCGGGCGCGCCGCUCCGCCACGUCGUGCAGCAGUCCGUGUCCGGCCCCGCCAGGCUCGGCGUGCGCGCGCACCAGGACAACAUCGCCGGCGUCCGCCUCCCGCGCUUCGAGAGCUUCCUGGUCAACGGCGCUGCCUCCGCCGGCGGCGGCUCGUCGUCAGCGUCGCUAGCGGGGCUGGCCGGCGGCGAGCAGCAGGUGGCGGCGUGCCACGCGGGGCACGCGCGCGCCCUGGAGGUGCUGGUGGAGCUGGCGUCGCUGCAGACGUCGUUCCUCACGUUGGACGCGGCCAUCAGGACCACCAACCGGCGCGUGAACGCGCUGGAGAACGUGGUGAAGCCGCGCCUGGAGAACACCAUCGCCUACAUCAGGGGCGAGCUGGACGAGCACGAGCGGGAGUUCUUCCGCCUCAAGAAGAUCCAGGGGUACAGGCAGCGGGAGCUCGAGCGCCAGAAGGAGGCCGCCACCCGCUACGCCGAGGAGAAGGCUGCCGGCGAGGUCGCGCUCAAGCGCGGCGUUUCCGUCGCCAUUGCGGAGAGCAUGCUGGAGAACGGCGACAGGGACGAGGAUAUCAUCUUCUAA